UCACCACAUAAUGCCAUGGUCGUCUUCAUGAAGAAAACUAAGAAUUACCAAAACAUUGAGGCAUUUUUAAGGAAUCAUGGAUCACUUCCUCUUAAAAGAUAUAGUUAUUCAGAUAUUAAGAAAAUGACCAAUUCAUUUAGACACAAGCUUGGCCAAGGAGGAUAUGGAGGUGUUUAUAAAGGUAGGCUACUUGAUGGUCGCUAUGUAGCGGUGAAGAAUUUAAUUGAUUCUGAAGGUAAUGGUGAAGAAUUUAUCAAUGAGGUUGCUAGCAUUAGUAAGACUUCCCAUGUCAAUAUUGUCACUCUUUUAGGUUUUUGUUUUGAGGGUCAUACAAGAGCUCUCAUCUACGAGUAUAUGUCCAAUGGAUCUCUUGAGAAGUUCAUAUACGAAAAAGAUCAAUCCCAAACAAAUCAUUCACUGAAGUGGGAAACACUAUACCAGAUUGCAAUAGGCAUAGCUCGAGGAUUAGAAUACUUGCACCGUGGUUGCAGCACACGAAUUUUACACUUUGAUAUAAAACCUCAUAACAUUCUCUUAGAUGAAGAUUUUUGUCCGAAGAUCUCUGAUUUUGGUCUUGCCAAAAUUUGCCCCAAGAAAGAGAGUAUUAUAUCAAUGACAAGUGUACGGGGGACAAUUGGUUAUAUUGCUCCAGAAGUAUUUUCUAGAAACUUUGGAACAGUCUCUCACAAGUCAGAUGUUUAUAGCUAUGGAAUGAUGGUUAUAGAAAUGACAGGAGGAAGAGAAAGUAACAAUGUUGGAGUUGACAAUAGUAGUGAAUUAUAUUUUCCACAAUGGAUUUACGAGCGUCUCAAAUUAGAUGAAGAACUUGGACUGCAAGGCAUUUCAAAUGAAGAAGAUAAAGAACGUGUAAGGCAGAUGAUUAUAGUGAGCUUGUGGUGCAUACAAACCAAUCCUUCAGACCGGCCAAUAAUGAGUAGAGUAGUGGAGAUGUUGGAAGGAAGCAUCAAUUCCUUGCAAAUUCCACCCAAGCCUUUCCUAUCUUCACCGAGAUCUCCUGGAAACUUCAAUUCCACACUCUCUUUGUCGGCUAUGACCUCUUAG